CACCGGACGAAGCAUAAACACUCAUGGCGAACAAAAAGGUCUCCGUUUCUUCAACUUCCCUCUCCAUGACUCUUCCGAUUUCGUGCCAGAUAUGUCUAGGGAAGGUAAGAACCUCGCUGUUAGUGACACUUUGUGUCGUGUGAUGUUUGUCAUUUCGCGCGCGCAUUGUCGAAGAAUAUGUCAGUUCGAAUGUACAUGAUCUAACCUUCCAUGUGUGGUUUAUAUUCAGGUUAGAGAGCCUGUAGUUUGUCCUAACCAACAUGUGUUUUGCUCAAACUGUAUGGAUUUGUGGCUACGAACACACUCAUUCUGCCCAACGUGCCGAACGCCGAUAACAACGGAGAAGCCCUGCAAGAAAAUUCUUGGUAAGAACUUUCGCCAAGCGCCGUGAUUCUAGUUGAACUAGCAUUGCGCUUUUAGAGAGGGCGACGUUCCAAGGUUAAGUUAGAGGGGAAGUUAAAAGGGAAUUAUGCUUGACUAUUGCUGUCUUCAACGCCGGCCGGGUUACGAUGUUUCAAGGACGUAAUUACAUUCAGGAAAUAAUGAUCGAGCCUUUCUUUGGCCGAAGAAAUUCUAGAUCUUAAUUAGAUUCUGAAAGGAUGGUGUUUAAUUUGUUAACAAUUCUUGUAAGCGAUUGGAAGAUGCUUUGUCUGGUUCAUCUGUUGGUUCAGUUGAAUCACUAAACGCACAAAACGAGGAAAAUUCAUCAGGGAGAAUAGAUUUUGAAGUUGUCCCUGGUAGCAGUGAAACAAAGGAAAUGUUUAUUUGUGUUCAGGUGUAGUCCCUCAAAACAUGAUACGGGUAUUUUUGCAUUUACUCAAAGUUAAGCUCUAAAGUCCUGCCCCUUGACUUGCAUGCACAAUAUGGCUCCGGACUUGUGGGUCAGUGACCGUCUGAGCUAGCACAUGCUUUUCAUACCUCCUUUGUGUGAACCAUCGAACAGACGUGAGCAAGGCAAUUUAUCAAAUGACCUCUGUAACCUGCAAUUUAUCUGAAUCAAUUGUGUAUUGCGAUGUCAAUCUAGCUGACCAAUGAGGUGCAUUGUUUACGUGGCAAAAGCUUUUCAAGGCUCUGGGAGAUCGUUUCAAUUGGAUGGUCUCUCUUAUUUUCCUUAACCACAAGCUGUCGGUUUCUGUUGCACAAUAUGCUAUAAAACACUUUGUGAUGCCUCAAACCAGACAUGAAUAAAUUAGAAUAACAAUGAUUUAAUUGUGCUGUUCCUGUAGCAACUCCAGGUGACCAAGUACUAUUUAUGUUCUUUUCAGACACUCUCAGACAGUUUUUCACUGUUUGAUGAACGUUCUCUUCACAAUAUUAAAUUAAGCUGCACUUAGUGUUCUUAGAGAAAUAAUAUAUUUAGAGAAAGAAAAUAUUUUGUGUUUUAUACUAUUUUUCACUAGGAAGUAUUGAUUUGCCAGUGAGUAAUGAUGCUGUAACAAGGGCAGACUUAAGACGUACAAGACUUGACUUAAUAAGGCAAGAAUAUGAGGUAAACAAAGAAUUACUUGCAUGCAAACCGCAUGUGUUAAUUCCUAUGGCCAUACAGAAAUAUCACGCUGUCGUGAUUUCACUGAUUUAUAUUUACCACUGUUAAGAAAACAUGGAUGGUGUUUCAUGCUUUUUCACAUUGGUAUACACAUGCAAUAUCCCAUUCAAUGAAAUAUCUCAGCUAUGUUGUUAGAGGUCAUAGCACAAUCACUGUACGUUUUGAUGCUAAACACCUAUAUGUGUCUUUUACAAAGCAGACUUUGAUCUGUUAUUGUUAGUACUAGCUGGAUAGUUAAUCUAAUAGAAAUGCAUAUUUAAAUCAAGUCAUCCCGUAAGACACGAGACAGGAAAUGCCAAAAUCAUGGGGUUGAAUCAAUUUUGGUGAUUGUUAAGUUUGAUGCCGGAAAACGAUUAUACACUAAGGAGGGGACCAAGAUGUAGUUGUCACGGAAAGACUAUGUCGGGUGAAACACCUUUUAAUCCUGUAAUUCUUCUGAACUUAGAGAGUUGGUGUUAGAAGUUCCUUGUGAAUUGGUUCAAUCUCUUGUAGGUUCCCUUUAUUACUACAACAAGUGUUUCCUAAACCUGCAGUACAAUAUAUUUAUCCUCAAAGAAACAAUGGAAGUAUUAUCAUUUUGUAACUUGUCGCCUUUCACCAUCUUUAAAAAGUUUUUAUUAUUGUAAUACACAAGCGUAGGCGUCGUCUGAAACAACAUCCUUUGGCCAAAAAUGAAUGUAAACCAGUACCAAACAAAAUGUCACCCUCUGUACUCUUUUUGAUGGAAAUCUUUGUGCAGUUUUGAAUAAUUUGUACUUCAGAAAUUAGAAGGGUCAUCCCCUAAUAUGAAUGGUAUUAACAUACCUGCGGCAACAUGAGAAGAAAAAAAACAUUGUUGUUCUAUUAAUAUUUUAGUUAAAAACCAUUGCGUGCCAUUGCGAUCCAGGGAUUCUUUCAUUUCUUGUGAGUUACUUCCCUAGCAGGCUUUGGCUUAGUGCCAAGUGAUUUAAGAUAUUACUAUUUCUGGUAGUAUGCAUUCUACAUGUGCAUGUUAGACAGCGUGUUUUUGUUGUGAGUUGUUUGUCUCAUAUGACCACUUAAGGGUGACAACCAAUUGUUUCCAUUAAACCUAGGAGUGUUCUUUUCAUUAUACUAAAUGUUUAAUAGCUUGUUGUUUGAACCGUGAUGUGGUCAAUUGAAAGGUAUUACAGUUGAAAUUUCAAGGAUCUUACGCAGCACUAAAAGUAGCUUUAAGCAGUGCUGAUGCUUUUUCUUUGUGUCCAAAACUGUACUAUUAUAUUCUGAUGCCAUCCGCCAAUGUUUAAUCUAUGAUUGAAAUAGGGUGGUUUCCAAGGAGAUUUUAAGCAAGUCGGUAUAAAGGUUGUUUGUCCACGACCACAACUCGUGAUACCAAAGAAAGAUGUUACUUAUCUGUCGCGAACAUAAAGCAUAUGUGAGAUCCCCGAAAGAUGUUAAACUUUAGACCAUCCAAUAACUUGGUCAGAUGCGCUACCAACUUGGCUAUAGUGACCUUAUUGCACUAAGCCUUUAGUAUACUAGAUUCGUGUGUGUCUAGCAUCCUGCGUUCUCUUUGAAUGUGUGAUUUUCAAAGCCUCUUUUGUGUUGAUAGAUUAAAGAAGAUGGUAAUUUCUGAUUUCCAUCAAUGAACAAAGAAAUAUGUCGAUCAAUGUUAAUGUGUGUGGGAGUUUGCUAUGUUGCUUAGACUGUGAAAAUGUCUGAUAUUAGCAUAAGAACGCAAUGAUGGCAACAGGCAACUAACCAAACAGGAGAUUUUAACAGAAAGGACAUUAGAUUGAUGAAUGCAUGUCAAAACUUUGAAAAUCUAUCUGCUGUCUUAUAUAUAACAAUAGUGAAUAAUUGCCAAGAGAAUAAAAACCGCAAAUAACAGUUUAGUCACGUUGCCGCUUUGAAAUCAUCACCGCCUUUCACGUGUUAUGCCGCAGGGGAAAUUUUGAACUGCCAGAGACAGUGAAUACAUUAAGCCACUGCCAAAAUUCACAGAGAGAAGAGAGUUCAGUCCUGAUAUGAUAUUUUUCCAGGCGUCGUGGCUGUGACAUCUUUACUCCCCAUUAUUUCAGGGCGGAGUUUUCAAUCUUUUUUUUUUUUUUGCUAAAUAGGCACCAUUCAAGGAAUAGACAAUUGUGAACACCAUAGAGGUUGAAAACAGCUUAAUGCACUAAAAUUACAACAGACAGCUCUUAGAGGACUUAUUAACUGGGACAAAACACCAUAACUGGCUUUCAUUGACAUCCCUUGAGGUGGCCAUAAGCCUACUUACAAUCUCGUUGCCUCCUUAAGUUGUUGCAUUCCUGCACGCAAAAUGUAUUCUUAGUCUAGCUUGGUCAACUGUUUUGUUGACAUCCCUGAAAGUUGCUAUCAACCCAAUAACAAUCAAGUUACAUGCAAGCCUCUUUGUUAAUUACUUUCCUUCACAUGCAGCUAUGACUCAGUAUAAUUUGGUGAACUGUUUGCGUGAGUCUAUUUUUGCUGUAGAGUAGGGGAACAGUAAUAAAAGUUAGGCCCUUGGCCUGCCAUUCCAAGAUAAGAAGUAAACAUGUGCUGCCCUAUGUGGUCGCAGAGUUGUUUCUGAAAAUUGAGUACCACUGACUCCUGAUAACUCACAAAUUGAUAAAGGUUCGACUUCUGAGAAGUUCCAAGUUAUCAAGAGAUGAGACCAAAUUGCCGGAAAUCAGGGUUGAAAGGUGUUUGUUGUAUUUUGGUAGAUACAAUGUAUGCGUAAAUCAAAUUUUAUCAUCACGAGUGAAAAUGGAGCAACACAAUCCUCAUUAAAAUUUUUCCAUCUUAUAAAGCGUAAUUCAAAGUAGUUUGACUAGAGAAGUCCUAGUACUUUUCCAGGGUUCCAUGUUCAAGCCUUUUUCAAAGUUGCCAUGUGACAACCAAGAAUUUUUUAAUUGGUCGCCAGAAAUGAAAGUUUAAUGGCCUGGUCUGCAUUAAAUUUAAUUUUUGGAGAUUCAUGAAACAUUUCAAGACUUUUGCAGGACUAACCAUUGAGAUAGAGGCAACAUUUGCAAGAAAGAAUGAUGAAUAAUUAAGAAUAUUUCAGGAAAAUUCUCAUGUCAGUUGAACUUUAGACCAUAAACACUAGUAACAAUGACACAACAGUCUGCUUCUACUGAUAUGUACAAGUGGUCAUCUGGAUCCUAAAGCAGGAAAUUUAGUUAACAAAAUUAAAAAAAAAAUGGUUGCAGCUUGGAGGAUGUGUAUGGCAACCUGUUUCAAAGACAGCUUUGUUGAGCUGCUAGCGCUGCAUUCAUGUGCUUUAUAUAGUUGCCUCAUAAAUAAUGCAAUAAUAUGGCCGCCUGUGUUUUAUCAGUUUUGACUUGUCACAAAUUUGUAAUAUAUUACAGUUCAAAUUAUCUUGGGUAACCAUCAGGGAUGGAAACCAAAACAACUUCCCGUCAGCAGGAAAUUAAGUUAUUAGGGACAAGCAACAGCUUUUAGUUAAUAUCAGUCAGAGAUAACAAAAAGAGUGAAUGCAAGGUCUGUGAGGUGAAAUAGGCGGAGGAAACUACCAACUCAUCGUUAUAAUAAUAACAAUAAAUUUAAUUUUUACAAUAUGUAUAUAUUCAUUUACAUAUGCUCUUAUGCGCAAAGAGAGAAACAAAUAUUUGAAUGAAACAUAAAGUUCUUGAAAAUCGUAACUGGAAGGAGGCAGACCAGUUGGCUGUUUACACAGCGCGCAGCUGAGGAGAUGAACUUGGGGAGGUGGGGGGGACCACGAACAAAUCCAAUGAGUAGCAGGGUGGAGGGCUUGAACCCAGGACCACCAGAUUACAAGUCCAGUGCCCUAAUCAACCCAGCCAUACUGCCUCUGCAAGAGACAAAUCCCAAAAUACAAAUUCCUAUCAUGUAGUCAUAUGAUGGAAAGUGCUAACGUUCAUAUUUGAAAGCAAAAGUCUUCUAUAUUAUUGUUUAGGAUGAAGUCAAGUCUCUCCAAAACACUGUCGAUCGUCUAAAAGCUGAAAACAAGCAACUUCAUGAAAAGAUGAUUGAAAGAGAGCGAACAAUGGCAUCUAUGGAUUUCACCAACAGACAUCGUGACAAAGAUGAUGGUGGUACUGGAAAACUAGACAUUGACAUGUUGGUAAAACUUACCACCAGAUUACAAGAAGCAAGCUACACUUAUGAAAAUCUGCGAGGUGAUAUGGACAAAAUUAAAGAGGUACUUUAACAGUGCCAUUACUGUUCCCAUGGUUACUUAAAGAUAGCUUACCAGUGGCAUAAUAGUAAGGAGAGUGAUUCCAACUAAACUCAACUAUACCCAUCAUUUCCCAGAACUGAAUUUUUUAUUGGUAUUGGAGCAACUAAUAGUCCCAAAAUUGAUGUUUUUCUUUAUUCUCAUCCUAUAACUGCUCCAUGUUGUAUUGAUGUUGUGAGGGGAAAUUCUGUUGUGGUCACUCAUGGGAGUUACAGGAUUAAAGGCAAAAUAAUAUACACCAUUAAUGCACAUUAAGCUUACUUUACAACACACCAGUAUGACCAAAAGUUACUAACACCAUAGGAAUUGCAAAAGUAACAGACCAAUGCAUGCAUGCUGUUCAGAAAAUGUAUCACAUACAUAGUUAUGUUUUAGUAACCACAGAAACAAAACUGUUAGUUUGUACAUGUUGUGAUCAAUGGUUAUUAUGAUUAUUUGUCAAUCAGGUUUAGAAGUUAGGAUCUGUCAUCAUAUAGUUUUACCCUUUUACACUCUCUGCAUUUGCCUGUCAGCUUAUAAACUUAGUUGAUAACAACUUGUGUGGUGUGUCAGUUUGGGAAUUAGGAGGAUGAAAUUAAGACACACUUUGUGUCUUAAGCUGAUGAAGCUUAAUCUCCUCACUUAAGGGGAGGCUAAGUGAUGUUUAACAGAAAUUGUGGACUAUUGUACAAUGAAUUAUUUGCUGUUAUUAACCCUUUCACUCCCAUGAGUGACCAAGACAGAAUUUCUCCUUACGAUAUCAAUACAAUAUCAAGCAGACAAGUGAUGAGAAAAAAGAAAAAUAUCAAUUAGGGGAGUUGAUCCAACACCAAAUUCUCCAAACUAACAUCAAAAGAAUUGUACAGUAGACAGUAAGGAGAAUUGGAAGUUAAAGGGUUAAGGUCUCUAAUUAGUCUUGUGAUUAUUGCUCAAUCAAGUUUGCAAGAUAAGACCCUGUCUCCUUUUGGCUUUUUCUUUUAACCCUUUACACCCUAACAUCAGUUUUCAUAUUCUCCAUACUGUUCUUUAUACAUUUUCUGAGAUACUGAUAAGGAGAAUUUGUCAAACAACCCAGAGGUUCUUUAGUUGGUGGUCAUUUCCUUCAUUCUCAUGACCUUACUGUUUUAUUCAGGGGUGAUAUUGUAAGGAGAAUCUAGAUGCUUGUUACUCUUUGGGGUUCAAGGGUUAAUAAUUCCUGCCUUUCCUCAUAGUUAAAAUUAACCUUUUCUCACACAAGGUUUCAUAAGUAUUUCUCAUUACUGCCUGCCAUACAAUUCUUAAGAUGGUAGUCUGGAGAAUUUAGUUUUGGAUUAACCAAUAAGCCCCUAAUUUAUAGUUUUAUAAUCAAUCCUUUGUUCUCAUCAAUUGCUUGUCUGAUAUUAUUUUUUUAUUGUAAGGAGAAAUUAUGUCUUGGUUUCUUCUAGUUGUUAACUACAUUUGAAAGUGAAAGUGCAGCCCCAAAGUGUUAGAGGGUCUGAUUAAUUAAUUAAUUUUUAUUUCAUUAUUUGUUUUGCUUUCAAGGGUGGUCUUGAAGAGAAAGUAUUUAAAUUAAUUACCUUCUCUACAAAACCACGUUAACACUUGUAAAUAUGAUGUAUAAGAAUUACUGGUAAAUGAACAAAAACCAAGUAGAUCAUGAAAAAUUCACCUAAUAUUAAACCUUAACAAUUCCUUUCUCAGGAUAACAAGAGAUUACAGGAAGUGAAAAAAUAAAGGACUCUAAUUUUCAAAGUCUCCUCAGGGAAAAAUUCAACUAUAGUUCAGGCUCUUUGUGCUUUUAGUUAUCAACCUUUUAAAGAAAUUAGUUACAAGAAUUUGGAAAUUUUCCUGAAAGUUUGAGUAUUCUCAUUACCUGCUUGCUGAAUAAUGUAUGGAUAUUAUAGGGAGAAGUUUCAUGUUAGUCACUACUUGUAGGUAAAAGGUUAAUAUUUGUUAGAAUGCUAUAUUUGACAAUUUGAAAGUUGAGCAUGUUUUUUCACAAACUAACAUGUGAUCUGAAGUUAAUUGAAUAAAACAUCUAAAUUGUAGAAAAAUCAAAGUUGGGUGAUAAUUUUUCAAAACUAGGUUGACGUGAAUUUACUUUUGUCUAGGAAUUAUGAUAAUUUGUCAACAUAAAUAAGAACAGAACAAAUAAAUUUGAAACUUUUGACCUAAAUUUGUUUUGACAUUUGUUUUUUAACAUCCCCAUGAACAAAACUUAAUCUCCAGCUGAUUAUGUGUAAUUAUGAUUUAGACUGUAAAUUUCAGAGAUUUAUUUCAUUUUUCCUUCUGUAAUUAAAGAGAUGUGCCUAUAUUGAUGAAUGUUACAUGAUACUCUUCAUAUUAUCACUGACCUUAAUGAACACAUCAAUUUUUAGUAAUGCUGUAAAUAAUUGUAAAUUGUGUCCUUAACCCUGUAACUCCCAAAUCAAAUUUGUAAUUCUCUUUACUGUCAACCAUACAAUUCUUAUAAUGUAAGUUCAGAGAAUUUAGUAUUAAAUCAACUAAUUAUCCCCAAAUUGAUAUUUUUCUUAGUUUAUUCUCAUCACUUAUCUGGUUGAUAUUGUAUUGAUAUUGUAAGGAGAAAUUCUGUCUUGGUCACUCAUGGGAGUUAAAGGGUUAAACAGCUGUGGUUAGCAGAUAGAACAGGUGUUCCUUUCAAUGUGGAAAAUUUGACAUGGAAUAAGAAUAUUUAAAUUAGAUAAUUUUUUCCAUUUCACCAAGUAACAUUUGCUUGACAAGAAUAGCUCAGAAAUCAAGAUUGGUAAUCAAUAAGCCUUAGGUUAUCAGAUUAAAGGACUUAAAAUUCUGCCCCGCUGAGAAUAAUUACAAGACUAGAGGUAAAUUACUCCAUUGCACAAAGUAUCAUUUGCUCAUCAAAAAUUGCUUAGAAAUUAAGACUUCAAAUGAAUAUGGUUACCGUAUUUCCUCAAAUAAGCACCACAGCAUUUAUUUAAUGGUUUGGCAAAAAGGAGGAGUGCUUAUUGGAAGGAGGAUGCUUAAUUGAGUUACCAAUUAAUCAUAACUGUUACAAUUUCCAGAAACAACAAAUACGUUUAGGACAAAUAUGUGCAGAAGAGAUAAAGUCUAAGUAAAAAAAAUUCCUCAACUUUGGAAAUUCCACAACUCUCUUAGGAUAAGUGUUUGUUGCUUUGGUUAUUGUGAUCAAUUCUGUGAUUGGUGGAUUUGACUGAAAGGACUAGGUAUGAUUGGCUACUUCUGCUGUCCAAUCACAGGUGUCCGAUUACAACCCUACAGAAUGAUUAGUGAAAAAUAAAGCAGCUACUGCAGCAAUCACAUUUGAGGAAAUUGUAAUGGUUAUGAUUAAUGCUAAAUACUCAAAAAGUGUUCUGUGCAAGGUAAUACCAAAGUGUUUGAUAGUUAUUUUGAGACCCUGAUUUUAUUUAGACAAAUGACACAUUUGCUGUGGCAAACUCAAUAGGUACAGUUUUCUUACAUGUAGAAUCUUUGGUAUUUAAAUUUUCAAUGUCUCAGCAAUAAUUAGUUCUAUAAAGACAGAAAAUUUCUUUUAGUUUAAGAUUAUGAAAGUUAUGUCAAUUAACAACAAGUCUUAGCUGCAGUUGAAAUUAAUAUCAAAUGCCAAAAUUGAAAAUUGUCUGGUAUGUUGAACCCCCCAAAAUAACUUAAAACUUCUCUUAAAGUCAGAAGUUUCAACUUGUGAUUUGCUACUGCUUGGUACUAGAGAGAUUGGCAUCUAUAACUUGUAAAGACCAAUUCUGAUAACUUGAACCCUUGCUAACUCAAACCUCUCACUAACUCAAACCAAAGCCUAUUCCACCUUAAUUUUGUCAUACAGUUACUGCGGUUUUACCCUCAGUAACUUGAACCCUCAAUAAUUCCAACUUCCUGCUAACUCAAACCAAAACUGAUUUUCCCUGGAUUUCUGUCAUAUAUAUUACUACAAUUUUACCCUAGAUAACUCAAACCACCCACUAACUGGAAGUAAGUUUUGUUUCCCUUCAGGUGUAUUCUCCACAUAUUCUAACCCUUAAUAACUCAAACUAUGUCUAACCACCUCUGUAGUAGUUUAGUAUUACAUUUUCACUCAGAUUCUCUAUAGUUAAAUGUAUACUGUCUAAACAUAGUAUACAGUAAAUACAGUUCUCCCUUAUUUCUGGUCCUUUGCUUGAACUCCUGAUAACUCAGACCUUUUUCAAUUUCCCUUGAAGGUUUGAGUUAUUGGGAUUGUACCCUUAAGAUUAUUUUCUUGAAGGGUUAAUAAGAACAAUCUGCUAAUUCACAGCAGCUUUCAGGUUGAAAUUAUUUUAGUGCAAACUGAAAAUGCAGCAAUUCCUGUUAUAUAUUCUGUACAUUUACAAUUAUUUCUCUGAGGGAGAUCUUCCAUAUUGAUGGCCAUCUUAAUUGAUAGUCAGAGUAAACAUUAGUCCUUACUAGUCCCCAAUAUUAUUCUGGAGAAUGCCUGGUUGGAUACCACCAGUAUUUAAUUUCAGACAUGACAGGACCAGUGAUAAAGGAAUUGAAUUAGUUGAUUAGACCUAUUGAACUGGACUGUCUCAGUCAUAAGAUGAUGUUCAUUAGUAUGUACUGUGCAGGUGAAUAAUGCUUUUUUCACAAACUGAUUGGCUGGUUCAGACAUAAUGAGCUAGUACUUUUCAUCUCUGAGCAGCUCAAGGGACAAAAUAACGGGUCAACAAUUUAGUUCCAGACCAUUUUCUGGUAUAUUGAAAUAUGAUAAAGUAAUUUUUUUGGUUUCUGUGUGGUUUACAUUAAAACAAUAAUUUACCACAGUGUCAGCAAAGGUGGUGGAUAUUUGCUUUGCUGCUUCAGGGCUUGGUAAAUAUUCACCACUAUUGACCUCCAUUUCUGUGAAUAAUUUUUCACCAUCAACUGACUUUCAACCCUCCUUAUUCCCAAAGUCCUAUCUCUUCUUCCCUUGAGAAAGGACAGUGGUUGUGGCUGGCCGCAUGUCUUCCAGAAUUUUGGUCAUCUAACAAAAAACACAAACAAACAAAAAUAGAGGGAGGGGGUCAUGGACACCAUGCAUGCUUGAUCAUGGGCUUUUUUUUAGAAAAAUUAAUGUAUGUUGUUCUUUCUACUUAAGGUACAGUCAUUACACAAUGGCUGGUCUUCAGACAAAGGUGGGUCAGUAUGAACGCGAGGUUCAACAGCUUAGAAGGGCACUUCGAAGGAGUGACACCUAUAUAGAGGAUUUAACAAACAAGCUGGAGUCAUCCUCAGGGCCAGCUUCCUCCAAACUUAAAAGGGCACAUCUUAGAACUAGCCCUGUACCAUCUUCAUGUACAAUAACAAGUCUCGCAGAUGACCAAGAUCCAUCAGAGAAGAGUAAAAGUAGUAAAAGCUCAGAUGUUAUUGAUGUUGAGAACCCCAGUCCACCUGAAGAUGCAAGUCCUCCUGUUGACAGUAGUCAAAAGAAAAAGAUUGAUAAUGAAAAUAUCACUUCCAAUGGUCACUCCCCCAUCCUAGCACCAGUUAGCAGUGAAAGGUUCUCCUUAGAUAAUACUACUUCAUACGGAGGAGAAGAAAGGGAAUCAGGUUUGAGCUCCAGACGUAGCUCUGAAGUCAGCUUGUAUGGUCAAGACCUCGAUAUUCCUCCUGGGCCUCUCACAAGUUCACUAAACAUUCUUGAGCCAGUGGAAGGAGAAGCUCUUGAUCGACCUCCAUCUAGAGGUGAGCUUUUGUUACUUGGCGACCCUUCCAGCAGGCGACAGGAGAAGCCUGCAUUAGAAGAAAACCUCAAUAUGUUCACAGCAAGCCGAAGAUUGAUGAUGAUGAGUGAGCGAAGAGCAAGGCAAAGAGAAUCACUGGAGCCUGGUAAACUUUUGCGAGAUCUUGGAUCUUGUUCACCAACCAGCUCUGAGGGAGGAAAAAGAAAAUCACUUGAUGCAAAAUCACUUGAUUUUGAUUUAUUUACUCCUGCACCUGAUGAGGAAUCACCCAGCAACUCAGCUUCACAGGAAAAUUCCUCUCCCCCACCAACAUUCAAUAGAGAUGCAGAACUUACUGAGGGUGAGUCCCCUUGUUUCCGUACCUUUUCACUAGCUAAAAUAAAGUCAGAAAUUGAGGUAGAUAAUGAAGACGAAACCACUUCCAAGAAGCCAAGACUUGACUCAGAUGAGUUCCCAGAUGCUGAAGAGGAGGAUAAAGAGGAGAAAAAAAUUAAUUGAUUGCACCACCACUUCAUUCUUUAAGAAUCUUUUUUCAUAUCAUGUGAAAGCACAAUGUGAGUUUUUUUUACCAGGUGAGAGGAGUUAUUUCAUAAUUUUAAUUUAUUGUAAAUCAUGCUUUUAUUAAUGUUGUAUAUAUUAUUUACUUAUUAAGUUAUUGAAAAAAGUUAUACAUUAAUAGUGCUGCAAAGUAGGAUCAAGUGGUUUUUAUUUGUAAAGAUGAUGUGUAUUUUUUUAGAUGAGCAUGUACAGUAUUGAAAUGAAGUAAAGAGGGAGAGAAAAAAAAUUAAUUUAGAAAGUAACAGCUAGAGAGUUAACGACAAUCAUUCACCAGAAUAUGUUGAUUAUCCUUAUUAAUUCACAGAGUUCCUUCUGUUUGUGUUUAAUUUUUUAACAAACAAUCUGAAGAAUCGAAUAAUUCAAACAUUUCUCUCUGGACUAUUUUGGACCUUUAGAAGAACAACAUUAUUUCAUGAACUGUGGGUAUGCCUGAGGUUAAUUGAAAAGGCUUUUUGCAACAGUUUAUCACAUAACCUUAGUUUUUGGUUUAAAUACAAUGAUCUGAAUUUUUUUGUAGCAUGUGGUAAUUGGAAAUUUCAUUGAAGGAAAAUUGCCACAUUUUCAACUGAUCAGAGACUUUAAGUGGAAUUUUGUUUUUGGAUAUGUAUUCUGGCUAAAUGAAACAUGAUCUUUCUACACUCCAACAGGCAGUUUGCCAUUUGUAAAGUAACCAACUGUUGCAAAAGGACUAUUUAAAUUUUACUCAUUUGAAAGAAUUUUUUUAAGAUUUAGUGAAUUGUGUUUGUGUAAGAUGAGAAAUAUAACAGCCUCUUUCAUCAUAUGUUUUUUUUUAUGGUAACAUAACAAACUGAUUCGUUUCAUGCAAAAUUAUUUUGUUGACAUGUAGCAAAAUCAAAAGAUUUUGACUCUUGAUGACGUAGUUUUAUUAGCAGAAAGUGAAGGGGAAAUUUUUGCUAGUUGUCUGAAUCCUUAGUGGUAAAUUCUAUUAUCUUAGUCUACAAUGGUUUUAGUAUGUUAUGGUGACAUACUCAUCAAAGAAAAAAUAUGUUUUUCAAACAUCUUACUUAGUUUGUACCUAACAUCAACAAAAAUCUUUUACACUUAUCAGAUCAAUGUCAGUAUCAGAGCAACUGUGCACCACCUACUCCUCCCCAAACCUAACAUCAAGAUUCUAAGUUGUUAUCAGUUGACUGUUGUAGGGUUAGGGGAGGGGGGAAGGGUGGACAGGAGCUAAGAUAAUAACAUUGAUCCAACUUAUCAAUCUACCAAAAUGAUUGAGCUCCUAAUAGUACUGCCAUAAUUGUUUUAAAAAAUCCUCUGCAAAAACUAAGGUCACUUUUUCAUUUUGAACAAAUACUUGUAACAGUUGAAUGAUAUUUGAAACUCAUAUAGUGUUACCUCCCAGGGAACAAGGUUUUCUUAUCCAAAUCACAAUAAUUUUUUAUGCAAAUACACUGGUUGUGUUUUAUUAUUUUCCACUACAUUUAUAUUAAUGACUCAAAGUACUCCAUUCCAGUUCAUUUAUGAACACUAAAAGAUUAAGUUAUUAAUAUUUUGUGAAUAUGUGUAUUCAGUAGAUUAUAGUUAGGUUAAACCUGACAACUUCUUUAAAAGAAGGAUAACUGUGUCAGUCUAAAAGACAAGUCAAUUAGCUGUUGUGUUGAUUUUGUGACAAUUACAAUCACUUGCAUGCCCACACAACCUUCAAAAUUAAACAUCAGCAGACAUAUAUGCAUUGUUAUCAAGCUGUUAUAAAAUAAGCCAGAUUUAAAUUUACAGAGUUCAAAUUUUGUUUGAAUAUGCUAUGUUUUGUAGUUUAUUGUUCUUAAUGAUUUACUUGAUUAAGCAAAAAUAUCCAGUGAAAAUCUCUUUCCAUAUGCAUUUUAUUUCUAAGAAAUUUUGAGUUUGUGAAGCGGCGUAAUUGAUUGCAAUAGUUACUGUUAGAAGUUUUGUUCAGAUUUUCCUUGACCUUGCCACAACAGCAAAUUUAUAGUAGCUGAGAAUUAUGGCAUUAGAAGAGCACAUUCAUUUCUGGCCUUUCUGAGGCUCAGGAGCGACUUGGAGAGAGUCCCUGUAAUGUCCUGUAGAUUAAAAAAAACGGAUCUUUAGUUCACUAACAUCAAAAUAUCACGAAACCCCUCCAAGAAUGGUCUGGUACUCUAUGGUGAUAGCAAAUUAAGGAGGGGUAAUUUUCUUGUAACUUGUACUAAAUAUAUUUACAGAUUCUGGCUAGUACUUGAAGUCACUGUUGAAAUUUUUGAGAGUAAUUUGAAAACCUUAUCAUAUGAUUAGUGUUACAAACUUGUUCUUAGCAACGUUAAUUUGUUUAGCUGAGCUGCAGGGUAUCAAUGAACUUUUACUGGUAUGAUAGACAAAUUGGUUUACAUUGGUGUGAGCUUUUAAUGCCCAAGAUACAAUGGGUAAUUCUCUCCACUGAAAUCCAUAUAUUUUCUAGUUAACUAGAUGGGAGAAUUUGGUGUGAUAUCAUGAUAUAACCUUUUUGACUGACAAGUUUGUUUGUUCUCAUAUCUUGUUUGUGAGGUAACAUCUGGGAAUUGCAGGAAAAUUGCAUGUUGAUGACUUCUAGGAAGUAAAGGGUUACCCCUUUUCUCAUAGGAGGGAUCAUUACAGAUAUUUUCCUCAUGUUGACAAAUUGUCUCACAGAAAGCAAAUAAGGAGUAAGGAGAUGAUCAAACAAUGGGUAUUGUUUGGAUGGAACACCAUUUUCUCAACACUAGUUAGCCAUGAACUUUAAGGCUACCAUAUUUGAGAAUGAACUUUCCUACAGUAGUGUAACUAAAUGGAGAGGCUACAAUUCUCUUCCCCUUCUCUCUUCCCCGCCUUUUUAGUGGGCUCCUUUUUGUUUAAUGUAAUGAAUGCUUCUCUCACAGUUUCUGCUAAAUUAUGCUAACCCUUAAGUGAUUCUGUGUUGAAGUCUAUCUCAGAGCAC